UUUCUCAACAGAGAGAAAGUCUUCCGUCUGAAGCCUGUGCUCGAUGAACAUGUGACCCUCAUUAAGGACCUGGCUAAGAGCAUCGAUGUCGACUUCUGGAGCCCUGAGAGCGCUGAGGUGGUGGCCAUUGACAUUGAUGUGGACAUCCGCGUGCCUGCCAUGUACCUGGAUAUAGUGUACACCACGCUGCAGCAGAGUGACAUGGAGCACGAGGUCCUUAUUGAGGAUCUGCAGUCCGCUGUCGACGGCCAGGCUGACAACAAGCCCUCUCCCAGAGCCCACAGCUACACCAAGUACAACAGCUGGGACAAAGUCCAGUCCUGGAUCUCCUCCAUUGCCUCAUCCAACCUUAAUCUGAUCAGCAAGCAGGUGAUUGGAAACACCUACGAGGGACGCCCCAUGACUGUCCUCAAGCUCGGUAAGAAGUCCAGCUCCACUAAGCCCGCCAUCUUCAUGGACUGUGGUAUCCACGCCAGAGAGUGGAUCUCUCCUGCUUUCUGUCAGUGGUUUGUCAAGGAGGCUCUGUCCACCUACGGCAGUGAUUCUCAGAUGACCAGCCUGCUCGACCAGAUGGAUGUCUACGUUCUGCCCGUCUUUAACAUUGAUGGCUACGACUUCACCCACAAGAGCAACAGGAUGUGGAGGAAGACUCGCUCCAGGAAGUCUGGAUCCAGCUGCAUUGGUGCCGAUCCCAACAGGAACUUCGACGCUGGCUGGUGCACCACCGGAGCCUCCAGCAACCCCUGCAGCGACACUUUCUGUGGGUACAAACCUGAGUCCGAGAUCGAGGUCAAGAAUGUUGCCGACUUCAUCCGUAGGAACAAGUCCACCAUCAAGGCCUACAUCACCAUCCACUCCUACUCCCAGCUGCUUCUCUUCCCCUACUCCUACACCUUUGAGCUGGCUGCCCACCACAGCGAGCUG